GGGAAUAAGUACCUAAUUUAAGUGCCUAAUUUGUUCCUCCAGGAGUGCGUUCGCUGAAGUUUCCGGGUUUUUUGACAUGCAAAAAGAUCGGUUUUCCGCUUCCAGGAAAAAGAUGAAGCAGGUGUGCUUUUGAAGCUUUCCUCUAUCAGAUUCAAAUGUGAAUGGAAGCAAUUAUGGCUACGCUUGGAUUGAGCUUUUCCCCAUCUUCUGUUUUCGCCCCAAGAAGGAACAACCUCCCAAAUAUUUAUUUGAGUGCAAAAAUUCCUUUUUCAGGAGAUUUAGACUUGAAGAACAGUAUCAGAUUGGCCGUUUAUAAUGUUGGUCCAUGCAAAGCCAAGGAAGAGGAUGAGAUGGAUGGACUUCCUAAAGAGUUCUAUGAUGAUGAGUGGCAAGCGCGCCAACGUGAAAAGACCAAAGAAUUGCAAAGGAUGCGUGAAGAAGAGGAAGAAGAAGAGAAUAGAAAGGUGGAGGAGUUUCGUGAGAUUGCCUCCCGGUUGAAGGGGUACCCUGAAGAAGAAGUUCGAAAAGCAAGGCAAUUAGUUUCCAGCUUUAUAUUAGCAGCAGAAGAAAUUGAGGAGAAAAUUGAAGAGGCUGCUGAGAGGGGGGAACUUACGGAGCUUGUUUUAAUGAUUAUAUGGAAUCGCCUUGAUCUUGCUCGACGAGAUGAUGAGAAGGACGUCAUUAGGUCUCUCGAUCUCUUGUACAGGAGGAUUGAGACUGAGAUUUUGAAGAGGGAGGCUAGUCCAGCAAUGAGGCUGCUCAAUGAGCUAUUGAAUAUGCAUGAUGGGUUUAAUGAAGAAGAAUGGCGUAGGAAAUGUCGGAAGUUGAUGGUCGAGACAUUCCCGAGAGAAGAUCCUUUCAGCAUGCUUGUUCCAGCUGGAUUUGACAUCAAUAAUCAUUAUGGCCGAAUAGAAUUGCCACCUGAUAAUGAUGACGUCCUAUUAAGGGUGGACUUUGUAAGGGAAGUUGAUGCCUUGCUACAAGAGGUUAAAGAAGAGCAAAGCGAAAUGCAACCCAUCGAGGGCUUCGACCCCGAAUCUGUCGCAAUGAGAAUGAAGCAACAGGAGAAGCGGAGGACCAUAGACCAGGUGGAAGCACUGCUAGAUUUAGCAGCAACACUACAAUGGUAGUUGUACACAAUGACUGAAAACAAUCACCCACCCUGUUUCGUUGGCUAGAUUUGAGAUGAGUGAAACUUUUUGGACACUUUAUAGCGGAAAAUUAUUAAUGGGGGAGCAUAGAUACAAAAUUGCUGAUUUGGGUUGCAGAAUUUACUGAAUGGGCCCCUGAUUUGUUGCCCGCUUGAGGAAUACAAAUGAUGACUCUGUACUCUGCUUGGGAGAAACUUUUAGCAAAUGUUAUACAAGUUUCGUUCCUUCUUUUUGCUGAAGAGAUUUGCGGCUCUUGUGGGUUCAUGCUGUGCAUUUAGUCCCUCGGUUAAACUCCCAUCUUUUGGCUUUUGUAUUCUCAAUUUGGGGGUCGCUUUGCUUGCGAAUGUGGGAUGACUUUAUGGCUUGGAUGAUGACUUUAUGGCUUGGAUGCUGUAAUUUCAAACUAUGCUAAGUAGCUUAAAUCAAGAAGCUUUUUGCCGAA